GGGUCUAAUUCUGUCUUCAAUAUUGAGUUAGUGGAUGAUUCAGGCAUCUUCAGUGUUGAGCCAAACUUGGCGACUGGCUCGUCUUCAGUUAGCAUUCGAGUUUCAAAUGGGCCUCUUGAUUACGAAAAUCCUAAUCAAAGGAAAUUUAUCCUGUUGGUUGUUGCCAAAGAAGCUUUCACGAAUCCUCAGCUGUCUGGCACGGGGACUGUAACAGUAAAUAUUUUAGACACUAACGACAAUGCGCCAAGAUUUGACAAACCUGAAUAUAAGGCCAGUGUAAUUGAAAAUGCACCUGCUGGAACAGUUGUAGACACUAUAACAGUAAGUAGAACUACUCCACACUGCUUAAA